UCUAUUGAGAAAACCAUUUCCACGCGGUCUGUUUUUGUUUUGAUUUUCUGCAUGUUAAUAAAAUGGAGACCAAUUAUUUUACUGAAUAUGAAAAUUUGGAAAUUCACGAGCUCAUGUUGAAGGAUCGACCUCGCCAAGAGGCAUACUACAAUGCAAUUUUACGAAACCGAGAACUCUUUAAGGACAAGAUAGUAUUGGAUGUGGGUGCUGGAACAGGAAUACUAUCUGCUUUUUGUGCAAAUGCUGGGGCUCGUUUGGUGUAUGCGAUAGAAGCCUCUAACCUGGCCGCCAUCGCAGUGGAAUUAAUUCACGAUAAUAAUCUCACGAGUAUUGUAAAAGUCAUAAAAUGUAAAGUUGAGGAAUUUGAACUUCCUACGAAUGCGGAAAAGGUCGACAUCAUCGUAUCCGAAUGGAUGGGAUUUUAUCUAUUGCACGAGGGAAUGUUGGAUUCGGUACUCUUUGCCAGAGACAAAUUUUUAAAGCCCGACGGCCUAAUGUUUCCUACUGAAUGUACGAUAUUUGUGGCACCCUGUUCCCUGCCAUCGCUUUUCGACUAUUAUAGCAAUGUCGAUGGAGUUAAGAUGGACAAGUUUGCGAGGAAACUUCGCUUGCAGAAAUCUACAAGACCAGAAAUUACACAAUUAAAACCGAAUGAUUUGCUACACGAAGGCGUUGUCUUCCAUUGGAUGAACUUAAUGGACGUAAGUGUUGAUGAACUGGCAGAAAUACAAUUUAAAGAAGUUGUAGCAAUUCAAAAAGCUGGAAAACAUCAAGGAUUUUGCAUUUGGUUUGACGUUCUCUUUCCCGGUGAUGAUUCUGUAGUUCUAAGCACUUCGCCACUAUCCCCAGAAACGCAUUGGAAACAGUGUGUGGUUGUUUUACCCGAAGAUUCGUGUGAAAAUCUGGAAGAAAAGUCACCAAUUGCAUUUCAAAUUAACAUGAAACGUAAUCCAAACGAUGUGCGUAAAUACAAUUUGGAAGUCGAACUACUUGAUGCCAAUUUAGAGGAACAUCCAGUGCCCUGUCCGUGUCAUAUGACCAAAUGUAUUUUAACUGAGGCACAUCUAAAAAUGAUGGACACAUAGUCCUUAUUACAAACAUUAUCCUCCAUCAUAUUGUUUCAAAUAUAAAAAUAUUUUCAUACAAUAAAUAAAAUGUUACUUUUUCUGUGA